UAGGAAACAAAACAUGCCAACACAACAAAAACUUGAUGAGUGUUUCUCAAAAUUUUUCCAGAGAUCUCUUUUCUUGUUCACUCAAUAAGUAAAAUACCAAAUUGUCAAUGAAAUCCAGACCUGGCUGUUAUUCUUAAUAUUUAUCCUUUAAUUUCUCAACCUUUGAGCCUCAACAUUUUCUGUUUCCUAAUCCUAAAACUUAAUAUAAGGAAAAAUACAUCUUUAAGUGGAAAACUUCGAUUCUGAGACUAUAGUAAAAUUUGACUGAUUUUUUUUGGGCGUGGUCAUAUAGGCGUGGUCGAAACUUUGCGAAUGUCAGAUUUUUUUCUGCAUCCGCCCCUGGGCCGCACAUACAAUUUAUACAAGACAAUUUAGAAUUGUCACGGAAACUGAGAAGAACUAUUGUUUUACGUUUGAUUGACAGUUAACAUUUUAGGAUGCUGAGUUGAAUUAAGCUGCGCUUUUGUUGAUUAGGGAGUAGAUUUUAGCGUUGAUGCUCGUAUUGAGGAACGAUGGGCCUAGCCAGACCCCUUUAGAAAUAAUUAAGACUAUUAUUACGCACAAGAAUCAAGCAUGAUGCCAAGAUGUCUAUGUUCAUUCAUUUUGAUGACUGGGAUGUCAUUGAUUAGAACUGGUGGAUGAUCGGCUGAAAUCUUCUUUAUUGAAAAGUCACCUCAACUGCUUGUUUAGUUGGAUCAGGAUUAAAAUCAUACGCCAAUUAUGUGCCCAGCUUUUGAUAAUGUCAAGAUCAUGAUUCAUGUCUGAAGCAGGCUGAUCAGGAUUAUGAACAAUGGUGAAGAGUGAGGUACAUUUAAAGACUCAUUGCUAACAAUUGGCCUUUGCGAGCGUGGUGACGGUCCAAACAACGACAUUAAUUUUUUACAGAUAAACCAAAAUUGAUUUUAGACAGUCUAAAAAUGCAUUAUGGGAUGCUUACGUAGCGCAAUGGCUCAUUGUUAGCAACGAGUCUUUAAGAUUAUCCCGUCAGGUUGUUGAUGUACACAAGGAAGAAAAGUGGGCCUAAGAUAGAGCCUUGAGGGACGCCGGCGGUGACUGAACCCCAUUCAGACGUUUUACCAUUCAAAACUGUGCGCUGUUUUCGAUUUGCAAGGAAGUCUUUGAUGAGUGAAAGUAAGUUUCCAGAAACACUACAACGAUGAAGUUUUUAAAUAAGUCUAUACAUGCCAAACCCUAUCAAAUGCUUUGGAUAUGUCAAGAUAGACGGACCGAACUAGGGAUGGAUUGGUUUAUCGUAGAGCCAUUUGGACGAAAACCCGAUUGAUUUGGGUUUAGUAACUAAUUAGCAGUUAGAUGCUCGUAAAGGGUAUCAUAAAUCAUUUUCUCAAAAAUUUUCCCGAAGAUUGGAAGAAGGGAUAUCGGGCGAUAAUUUUGUUUUAAAUUUUUACUGUUUUUUAUGGACAGGGACGAUAUUGGCCAUUUUCCAGAUUUCUGGGAAAAUGCCAUUUUGGAUACAACUUUCAAAUAUCAUUUUUAGUGGAGCCACCAAAACAUCAUCACUAAUCUUUAUCAUACGUACUGAGAUUUCAUCCCAACCAUUUGUCUUGUUAGGGUUUAAAGAACGAAUGAUUUUUAGUAUUUUCUCCUCGGAGAUAUGGAUAUUGACCAAUACAGGGGCAUUACUUCUAGCAAUGUUAGGAAUUUCACUGCCUGUAUCGAUAGUAGUACACUAAAGAAUGAAGUAUUCAUUAAAGAUUUGUGCCUUUGUUUUAAAAUCCAGGACAAAAAUGUCAUUUUCCAAAAGAGGUGGUAUUACCGGAAUGUCAGCUUUAUUCAGAACUUUGUUUAUUAGUGACCAAUAGGUUUUUUGACCAGUAUCAGCAUUCGAAAGGGUCAUUGACCAAUUUUCAUAAAAUAGUUAUGAUUUGCGUUCUCUAUUAAUUUGCAUCCUUGAGAAACCAUGCGUUGGAUUCCGAUGAACUAAUUGGGACUGACCAUCCCAUGAAUCAUUCUAAAAACUGUACGUAGAUAUUUUGUCUGCCUUGCGGAGACAAUUCUCUUCGAAAACAUUUGACUCGUGUAAGAGAACCCUAUGACACCGUAUAAAACUCCCGAAUAUUUCUCGGGAUCCUAUUUGUUUGUUGGCCCAGUGGGAAGUACGGCCCUGCUUACACGGCCAUAGAAGUGCCAGUUAUCCUACCUCUUUGGUAUGGCCACUAUUGUUUAUAUUUCCUCCCCCUCUCUUGUUUUAACUGACAGCAACGAAUGACAGUAGCUUUUCCGAUUUGAUCCUCAUCGCACCUCGACACGUUAAACUUUUAACGAUUCAUUGGCAGACUCAGACAAGUGAGAACCAAAUCCCAGAUUACAAUGUUUCAAGGUUGGUCAUGCAAAUAACGAGAAUGAUUACCAGAAAAUGAAAUCAUAUGGACAGCAAAGGUUAUUGGCUAUUCCCUUGGAGCUUUCAGAAUGUACUCUAUCUUUUUAUCUAUGAAUGUUUGUUUUUAUACUGUCAGAAGCAUUUUUAUUUUUAUUUUUCUGACUCAGAGCUACACUCGUUUGUGCGUUUAACCCCUGCUAGUUUCGUCGAUUUUCUAUCAAAUCAUAUGGAGAAAACAGGUUUUAGGCUAGCUCUUUAUAGCAUUCAGAGUGUACUCUAUCUUUUAAUGCAUGAAUGUUUAACUUUAUAUUGUUAGGAGAUUUUUAUUACUUUAAUUUUGCUGGUACACUCAUUUGUACGUUUCGUUCCUGUUAGUUUAAAACCAUAUGGAGAGCAGAGAUUUUUGGCUAGCUCUUUAUAGCAUUCAGAUUGUUCUCUAUCUUUCGAUGUAUUCAUGUUUAUCUUUAUGGUGUCAGGAGCUUUUUAAAUACUUUAUUUUUUUUAAAUACCCCUGCUAGUUUCGUCGACUUUCUUUAAAUUUAUAUGGAGAUCAAAGAUUUUAGGAUAGCCUUUCAUAGCAUUAAGAAUAUCCUCUAUCUUUUAUUAUGAAUGUUUAUCUUUAUAUGAUAAGAAGCUUUUUGAUUACUUUAAUUUUGCUGGCACAAAGCUAGGUUUUAGGUGGUUUCAGUUCAUUUCAGAUGAUUUCAGGUGCCAAGAAAUUUGCGCAUGCUCAUAGCGGAAUUUCAAACGUCUUUUUUGCGUUUCUGUGAGGACGGUUAUAUUUUUGAAAACGCUCAUGUUGUUGAUGCAUAUUCAUUUGAAUUUUCAAACGGAUAACAAUAAUUCCGUUCUUAAAAAUAUCCGAAACCGUGUGGCAGUGGGUCUAACGGCAAGUGAUGGGUAAUUCCUUACGUAGGGUCGAUAAAUUGAAAGUAAGAAUGUUACCGACAAUAAUUGCACCGAAAUGUCCAGUGCUCGUGGAUCAAAGGAUUCAGAUUAAAGUGAAAAAUUUGAUCCCAUUUCAAAGUGUAACCUUGCGAGUUGAGCUCAGUUCUGACAAAUCGGAGCUUUUUGAAUCAUAUGGACACUACAUCGCAGACAGAGAUGGCGAGCUGAAUUUGUCACGAGAUUCUUCUUUUGGAGGUACCUACAAAGGCAUUGACAACAUGGGUUUAUUUUGGAGCAUGUUAGCAGUACCAGGCCAACGAAAAGGGGCCAGGUUUAUUGCAGGAGAUGUCACUAAACCGAUGGAAUUUAGGGUUUUCUUGUUUGACAGGCACGUUAUGUCUCAAGGGAAUGCAGGUAACCCGAAGCAAGCCGUGGAAAAGCUUCCUGAGCCUCUAGCAAAAACGAAAAUUUUACGAACAUAUCUGGCUGAUCAUGUGGAACGCAAGGAGAUAAGUGUUGGCCGCAUAAGGGGGACAUUGUUUGCUCCUAAAGGACGCAGAAAAUUACCAGGUGUCAUUGACAUGUUUGGUGGUCAUGGAGGUCUGAUUGAGUCUAGGGCAGCCAUUUUGGCAUCUCAUGGAUUUGUCACGUUUGCAUUGGCCUAUUUUGGAUACAAAGAUCUGCCUAAAACCCUGAACAACAUUGAUUUGGAGUAUUUCAUCGAGGCUGUUAAAUGGUUUGCAAGUCAUGAAAGGGUUUAUUCAUCUGGCAUUGGAUAUAUAGGUUUUUCAGCUGGCGGUCAGAUUGCUUUGAAUGUUGGUGCAGAAUGUUCUCUGGUGAGGGCCGUUGUUGGUAUUUCUACGGCUGACAUUUUGAUAAUUCCACUUAAAUACAAGGGUGAAGUAAGAGGCUUAAAUGGAGGAUUCAAACCGGAACAUGCCCAUAUAAAUGAAAAGAAUGAAGUUGUUUCUAUAGACGUUGACAAACUGGACCCUGUUGAAUUUCGAAACUGCAAGAAUCCAAUUGAAAAAGUCGAAGGGAAGAUCAUGCUGGUCAUAGGAGAUGAUGACAUGUGUCCUAAUUUGUCUGAUGGUGCAAGGAGAAUGCAGAGGAGGCUAAAUGAACAUGGCAGAGAGUCUGCAACUAUUCUUCGUUAUCCAGGCACCGGGCACUUAAUCGAAGUUCCUUUUAUGCCAAUGUGUCGCAUUUCCUACUACCCAUAUGAUAAAGUUUAUAUGUUAUGGGGAGGGAAUGUAAUCGAGCAUUUUGCGGCACAGGAGCAUGCAUGGAAAGCUAUAAAAAGAUUUCUCUUGGAAAAUGUAUGAGAUUCAUCUUCUGAAUUACAAACGUAUCAAUAAAACAGGAAUUUUACAACUUGGGAAAGAAAAAUUUAAUUACCUACAGUUACUAGCUUCAAGAAAGAAAUCUUAAAGAAAACAAAUGAUCGCAUCAAUCAUAUUCAUUUUCAUAUAAAGACCAAGGUUUUCCAGAUGAAGACUAGUGUUUUUCAGAUAAAGCUAGGGCUUUUCAAAUAAAGGCUAGGUAUUUUCAGAUUAAGACCAUGUAUUGUUCAUUGUUAAUAUAAGCGCUAUCCACAAGUUACUCAAAAUUUCAUGAAAAGUUGCCUGUAGAAUAUAAAGAAGUUGCUUAAAAGUUGCCUGUUUUUUGAAUAAACUCUUGCUUAUUCUCGAUUACUUUAAAGCUAUUUAUAGAAUUGAUUUUCAAAAAAAGCAAACAAAUUGAUUAAAGUAUAAUAUUAUUGAGACAUAAUAUUUAAAUAUGUUAGAAUGCAUCAACAUCAGACUCGUACAAAAUUUAUUCAUUCAAAAACAAACUGUGUCAUAUGCAUACAACUGCUUAACAUUACAGAUGCCUCCACUGCUUCCUCCAAAACAGCUUGCUGUUCAUUUAAAAUGCGCUUUUCAUGCCCCUGAAAAGCUUUCUCAGCUGGUGUAGAAUUUGAUCGUACAACCCAUACCUUCUUUCCUGCGCUUUUCUAUCUAU